UGAUCUACACCCAUCAUGGGCAGGGAAAACUUUUAGGCUGCAUCUGCACCUCUCCUCUGGUCAGCCCUGGAACUUUUUUCCUCCUCAACUUUUGCUCUCCCCCUCCUGGACUUUAAUUGACCCUCUUCAGAGAACCUUAGGUCACCGUCACGGUGACCCUUUGGUAUAUUUAUCCUUUUUCAUCUUCAGGGGAAUUGAACAUCCAGUCCAGACACCAGUUGUAAUAUCUUUUGGUUGUGGCUGUUCUUCCUUGUAGGGGCUCUGUGCAGGGACUCAUCCUUGACGAUCAGGACUCAAACAGGAUUAGGGAGGUGGCAGUCCAUGUUCUUUUUUUCUCUACAACUUUUUUGUUGUUGUUGCCCUAAGGGAUUAAUUGCUGAAAUUACAUAUUCAAACCAGCAUGACUGAGGGAGUCGAAGGUACAGUAUCUACACAAGUCUAACGCGAUCCUCCACCACAACCAUGGUCAUAGAGAGCAAAAACGGGGAGGCAGGACAGCCCCUAGUCAGGGUGUCUAAGAGGACCGUGACUGACGACCUGUACACCACCUUCAGUUCCCCCAUGGCCUGGAUCCUGGUCCUAGCCCUGGUCAUCACCUGGUCCUGCGUGGCCAUCAUCAUGUUUGACCUGAUGGACUACAAGGGCAUCACAGGGGUCCCCCCACCUCCCGCUGUCAGGAAAGCAAUUAAGGAGGCAGGGAGGUCUAGAGGAAGCAUUCAGCAUAUCAGCUCAGAUCCCAUGAAAGUGGUGAACGAGGCAGUGGAGGAGUCCACUGGCUGGGGCAACCUGCUUCUGACCUUUGCCUCCAACCUGGUAGCACCUGAGGAGGAGGAGGAAAUCGAAGGUGAGCUACAUCCGGUGAAGAAAAAAGAUAUAGGAUGGUACGUUGAAGAGGAUCAUCAUGCUGAAAGUGAGAAGGGUGGAACAGAAGGCACCAUGGCCAUGCUUUCCAGGUUUAUAGCUGCAUUCCUACCAUCCAGAAAACAAGUUGCAGGGAUGUUUGCAGAGGAAAAAGAACCAGUUGCUAAAGUACGGGACGAAGAAGAAGAUGAAGACGAGGAUGAGGAGGAUGAGGAAGAAGUGGAAGAUUAUGAUGAGGAUGAGGAUGAAGAAGAAGAGGAGAAUGAGGAUGAGGUUGAAGGGGGAGAAGAUGAGGAUGAAGAAGAAGCUGAUGAUGAGGAUGAGAAAGAAGAUGAAGAAGAGGACAAAGAAGCAGCAGCUGAGGUUGAGAUAGAUGAGGAUGAUGAUGAUGAUGAUGAUGAUGAUGAUGAUGAUGAUGAUGAUGCUGAUGAAGAGUAUGAGGCUCCCAUUCUGAUGGAUGUUGAUGACACAGAGACAGAAGCUUCUGCUGGAGAUGAUGACAGAGAGGAGGAUGACACCACAGCUGAAGCUGAAACUGAAGCAAUUACAGAUGAGGAUGCCAGUGAUACUGCUGUUGCUUCCAGUGAUGAUGACCAUAAUGAAGAGGAUGAAACCAAUGAUGCCAGUGCUGAAGUCACAGAGGAUGCUCCUGCUUCUACUGCAAAUGAAAACGACGAUGAUGAUUAUGGUAAAGAGGAGGAAAUUGAUGUCACAGAAGAUGUUGUUUAUGACAUCCAGGACGAUGACAUUGACAUUGUUGCAGAACAAGUAGAUGCUGUUGCCUCUUCUGCAGAUGAUGAUGAUGAGGAUAAAGAUGAUGAGGAAGAUGAUAGCAUAGAUGAUGACAAAACAGAUGAUGAUGCUAAACCCAUUGACCUAGAAGAUGACGAUGAUGACGAUGAUGAUAUCAAGGUCAAUCUUGCUGAUAGUGAGGGUAUUGAUAUCUCAGACACAUUAGCUGAGGAUACAACUGAUGACUCUACAGAUAGUUUAGAGGACACUGAUGAUGACGACGACGACAUUGUCAAUGAGGACAGUGGUGCCAUCGUUGAUUCAGUUGACAAAACACUGGAGGAUUCAGGUGAGACUGGUUGCGACGUCGCAGACAUUUCUGGUGACACAGCAUAUGAUGACGAUGAGGGGAAGGAUGCAGCUGAAGUGAUCGGCAAAGAUGAUGACAUCACACCAGAAGCCUUUGAUAGUUCUGCUCCUGAGGAAGAUGAUCUAUCCAAGGAUGAAGAAGAGGAGGAUGAUGAUGGCAUUGAUGACCUUCUUUUGACAGUAACGCCACCUGUUGAAGAAACAAUAACCCCACUUUCUGAAGAGGCUAAAGAGACUGAAGUAGAGGAAAAGACAGAAGAGAUCCAAGAGAUCAUCCCUCCAGAAGCACCAGAAGAGGAGGAGGAGGAGACUGAGGAACCAUCUGCUGAACCAGAGCUGACAAUAGAGGAAGCUUUGGAAGAAGAGGUAGUGGGGGAAGAGACAGCAGAGCCCGAAUCCAAGGAGGAGGUAGAACCCAUCACUGAUACCAAGGAAGAGGAGGAGGAGGUAGCACCAGAGCAUGAACUUGAGGAGGUGGUGGUAGCAGCAUUGCCUGAAGCCGAGGAGGAAGAUGAGGUAGCUCCUGAGCCCAAGGAGGAGGUAGAACCUGCAGUCAAAGAGGUAAAGGUCCAGCAAGCUGCUACUCCUGCACAUCAAGUAGUGUGCCCUUGUCUGCAUUCAUCAAAACCAAAAGAACCUGAAAGUGAGCCAGCGGAGGAAAAAGCUAAACAUGUCAAGAGGAAAGUAGCCAAGCAAGCUAAAAAGGCCACUCCUGACCGGAAGAAGGCCCCUAAAAAGGAACCAGCGGUGAGAACUAAGAGAGAACGAGACAUGUGCAAGCCAGUUGAGAACACAAAAAGGAGAGAGGUUGCAAGGCAAUUGGAGUUGGAAGAGGCGAUCAGAAAGAGAGAACUCAGACUUAAAAAGGAAGAGAAGGAGAAGUCCACAAAGAAAGAUUCUCAACAUGUAGAUGCAGGGGUACCUGCACCUGCACCAGUUCCCACCUGUCAACCCACACCAGUCUACUGGCCAUCAUCACCUCCGGGCUGGUAUCUGCAUCACAUAUUCACAGACAAUCCAUUCCCACCUACAACUAUGACAGCAUCUCCACUGCAUAUUCCAACAGCUCAUCCAACUCAGUCAUUUUAUCAAGCUCCUCCAGCGUAUCAAGUUUAUCAAGCUCCUCCAGCUCAACCAGCAGCUCUAGUUCAACCAGCUGAACCAGCACCUGCACCAGCUACUCAACCAGCUGAACCAGCACCUGCACCAGCUACUCAACCAGCUGAACCUACACAUGCACCAGCUACUCAACCAGCUGAACCAGCACCUGCACCAGCUGAACCAGCAACUCAACCAACUGAACCAGCACCAGCACCUGAACUUGCACCGACAACUCAACCAGCUUCAUGGACUCAAGAACCACAGGCUCCCAAAGAAAAGCAGAAGGCUGGCAUCAUAAAGAAGGUUCCAAAGGAAAAGACCAAGGCAGCUGCCCCAAAGAAGGACGCUGUGGUGUCCAAAGAGAAGGUCAAACCAGCUGUUGUAAAGAAAGAAGCUGUUGUCUCCAAAGAAAAGACAAAACCUACCACAAUGAAGAAAGAGCCAGUGCCGCCUAAAGAAAAAGUUAAGAAGCAAGACGCUGUGGUGUCCAAAGAGAAGGUCAAACCAGCUGUUGUAAAGAAAGAAGCUGUUGUCUCCAAAGAAAAGACAAAACCUACCACAAUGAAGAAAGAGGUUGUUGUUUCCAAAGAUAAAGCUAAAACAACAGCUGCCAAGAAAGAGCCUGUGGAAAAGGACAAAAUAACUCCUACGAAGAAAGAGCCUGCAAUCUCCAAAGAAAAAGUGAAGACAAACACUACCAAGACAACCACAAGCACUUCCAAGAAAGUUGUUUCAGAACCUGAGCCCCUAAAAGACAAAGCCACUCCGAGAGUCCCCACUAUGAGGAAAGGGAACCACACUAAUGUAGUGGUGCCAAUGGUAAAAGCCAUGGCUAGAGUUGUCGCUAUGAGACCCAUCCCUACAACAAAAGUGACAGAGGAGAAGCUAUCCAAAGAACCUGAGACAGAGAAAACAAAAGCGGCAGAGAAAAAAGAGGUUGUUGUUUCCAAAGAUAAAGCUAAAACAACAGCUGCCAAGAAAGAGCCUGUGGAAAAGGGCAAAAUAACUCCUACAAAGAAAGAGCCUGCAAUCUCCAAAGAAAAAGACAAGACAAGCACUACCAAGACAACCACAAGCACUUCCAAGAAAGAAGCUGUUGUCUCCAAAGAAAAGACAAAACCUAUCACAAUGAAGAAAGAGGUUGUUGUUUCCAAAGAUAAAGCUAAAACAACAGCUGCCAGGAAAGAGCCUGUGGAAAAGGACAAAAUAACUCCUACAAAGAAAGAGCCUGCAAUCUCCAAAGAAAAAGUAAAGACAAGCACUACCAAGACAACCACAAGCACUUCCAAGAAAGUUGUUUCAGAUCCUGAGCCCCUAAAAGAGAAAGCCACUCCGAGAGUCCCCACUAUGAGGAAAGGGAACCACACUAAUGUAGUGGUGCCAAUGGUAAAAGCCAUGGCUAGAGUUUUCGCUAUAAGACCCAUCCCUACAACAAAAGUGACAGAGGAGAAGCUAUCCAAAGAACCUGAGACAGAGAAAACAAAAGCGGCAGAGAAAAAAGAGGUUGUUGUUUCCAAAGAUAAAGCUAAAACAACAGCUGCCAAGAAAGGACCUGUGGAAAAGGACCAAAUAACUCCUACGAAGAAAGAGCCUUCAAUCUCCAAAGAAAAAGACAAGACAAGCACUACCAAGACAACCACAAGCACUUCCAAAAAAGAAGCUGUCUCCAAAGAAAAUACAAAACCUACCACAAUGAAGAAAGAGGUUGUUGUUUCCAAAGAUAAAGCUAAAACAACAGCUGUCAAGAAAGAGCCUGUGGGAAAGGACAAAAUAACUCCCACGAAGAAAGAGCCUGCAAUCUCCAAAGAAAAAGUGAAGACAAACACUACCAAGACAACCACAAGCACUUCCAAGAAAGUUGUUUCAGAACCUGAGCCCCUAAAAGAGAAAGCCACUCCGAGAGACCCCACUAUGAGGAAAGGGAACCACACUAAUGUAGUGGUGCCAAUGGUAAAAGCCAUGGCUAGAGUUGUCGCUAUGAGACCCAUCCCUACAACAAAAGUGACAGAGGAGAAGCUAUCCAAAGAACCUGAGACAGCAAAAGAGAAACCAAAAGCGGCAGAGAAAAAAGAAGACAAGGUAAAGGAUGUGAAGACAUCAGAUGCCAAAGCUAAAACCACACUCUCUGUGAAGACAGCCCAGCCCACUCAACCACAUAAAGCUGAGAAGACUGAGAAGAAAGCUGUGAAGAAGGCUAAAGAGAAAGAAGUGAAGCCUCCUGGUAUAGCAAAAGAAUCUCAGACUGACGAUAAUGCCAUGGACAAGAAGAAGCCAGGUCAGAAAGUAUUGCAGUGUGUUUUAAUGGUUGGAAAGAAUGCCCACUACCCUUUGCGACCUUCCACCCCUGGUAUGACCCCUGUGUCGAUGAGCCCAGCCAUGCGGUCCAUGAUGUUGCAGCAGGCGCAGCAGCAGAAAGCCAGAGCGGCGGGGCAGUAGACUAGCUCCUCACCUCCAUGCUGCUCCCUCUAGUCAGUCUGCACGACAGCCUUAACCAGGAUAAUCAGGGACUAAAGGGGAAGGAUGGAUGGACAGUACAGUAUUAUUUAUUUUUCUAUGACCGGUCGAGCUCCCGUGAGUUAAGUCAAUGAACUAUUUUCUUUUACCUGUGGCUUUGCCGCUUUUGAUAGCGCUCAGUGCUGAGUCCUUUGUGAUCUAUGUUUUUCAACAGAUUUAUUUAUAAGAAAAGGAGUGUAAGUUAUGCCUAUGUAUUACCUUAGGAAGCAAAUGGAAUUGAUCAUUUCUGUAAAUUUCAACCAAAUUCAAUGUACAUAUGCAUAUAAAUUGUAAUUAGGCUCAAGUUCAAUGUAUAUAAUGUACAUGUGAUAUCAACAUCUUGCCAUUUUCAUUUGUUGAAUAAUUACUUCACGUUAUAAUUUUUUCAUUUGUUACUUUCAUCACAACAUUCAUAAUGACAUUCAUAAUGAGUUCAGAAUGGCAAAACAUCUAUAAAUUGAUUUUAGGGUCAUACAUUAUCAAUGGCACUGUGAUUAAAAUAGAGUUUAGUUUUUAUUUCAUGUUUUGAUUCUAUUUUAUUAAGGAAACAAGUUGAACAUGCUAUACAAUAACAAAUGAACAAUAUAGCUCACUUUCUCCGAACAUGUCCAUGUCUGUAUGCUUCUGUUGAUGUGUGACAUACCCUGUCCAUUUUUUAAGACUAUGGUAAUAGUUGAGCAUCAAAUAAACAGUGACAAUCUUCGUAAUCAUUUUAGAAAUUGUGUGCAUCACAGUUUGAUCAUGAAAGAGGAUCGAUAUUUGUAUUUGUAUAAAAAUUGCUGAAAUUGAUAUUUUAGAUUUGAGUAUAUCUGUAUUUAGAAAGAAUAUUUAUUUUUUAUUUUUUUAAUAUUCAUCAAAUUAGUUUGCCUGCCAAAGAUGACAAGAAGUUGUCACCUACAGUAAACGUUUCUACUCCUUGUCAGAUGUUAUUAGAUAAGGUAUGUUAACACUAACUGUAGUUAUCUGACCAGAUCUGCAUAAAACACAUAGCUUAAGAACACUGCCUUAUCACUCAUUACAGUAAAGCAAGGUGAUGUUAUGUUGUCAUUUUUGUUUGAUAUGCUACUUCCAUGUAAAUAACUGCAUCAGCUUGUAUCUUGCUGCUUGGCAUGUUGGUAAAGAAUUGUGGGAAGAUGACUAUGGUACCAUUUCUCAUGGAAGCUCCCGUUGUUAACCAGAAUAACCUCUUCUCUCUCUCUCUCUCCUGAGGAGUGUGUGUGUGUACUGAGAAUGCAACACUAGAGGUCAAGUCAAUGACUGUCCACACUUGAUUUAUUAAUUUUUUUACAACUGACAAUGAUUCUUGUGAGAUGGUGUUAUGACGUCAUCCUGUGAUAUAUAGGUGUGGAUGACUUUAUCAUCGCUGUCAUGUUACUAUCAUGGCGCUUGCUGCCAUGCGCAGCAGCCUACUGCUGAAUCAUGUUCAAGUAGGAGUGCCUUUAUUCUGAUAAUGGUGCUGCUGUGCUGAGUCCAGCGUAUCCAUUGUUGUCUUACUCAACUAAAGACUGGUGUCAGGAGUCCAUGUUUCAAGACCAUGUGAAAGAAACUAUUGGGCCUGAGAUCAGAUGUCCUUUAUACAGUAGAAGGGAAAAUAAGAAUGCUCAGUAAGUGGUGGCUUGAGAGCCCAUACUGUGAAAGCCUGGUUACCUUCUCUAUUCAGCUAUUACAUUCCAAACUCUGCCACUCCUGUCAUUUGCCAGCUUUGGUAAAUGACAGGAGUGGCAAGGAGUGGAAUGUUAGCUAAAAAGACUGGUAGCCAGACUAUUGAAAAUGAGAGGGAAGGCCGAGAAACUCUACUUUGUUUUGACUGUAGCUGUCUCAGCCUGUAGCUUGUAUGGUAUCUACUAUCUAUCCAUACAUUUUGCAGUGUCACAUGCAUCCACAGUCCGCAACAACAGCUCAACAAAGUAUUGUGAAGUAGGCCAAAGGAAAAAAUCUUGACUUUGAAGUUCCAGUGCACCAUUUCCUGUACCACCAGGGGAAAUGCUGCUGUCUGUCUGCUGUGUGUUGUUUUCUGUGGAUCUGACUGAUGGAGGCAGAGUCCUCCACACUUAUCUACAAUGCAACAACAGAGAUUACACUAAUUAUAUAUUUUUAUAAUUAUAACUAUGUCUUACCUUUCUAUUCUUUUGUCAGAGAAAUGUAUUUACUCUUGGCAGAAUGGACUUGUUGGUUGACUGCUCUUUCAUUAUGAGCUCGGUCAUACCAUCAUACCUUCCCAGUCAUUAAGUAUAACAAAGCAUUGACUAGACAACCGUACAGUAUGAUGUUUAAAUACCUGAUGUUUACUUGAUUUACAACAUUGCCCCUGGCACAUUGUGGAAUGUCUUGACAGAAUACAGACCUCAGAUAUACAUGAUUAAUAAGCACGGAUUCUGUGCUGAUUAUGUUAGCUGUAACAAUGUCAUUUUAAAGACAAUUAUUCACAAACUAAAUAUAUUUUGGGUUGUUUUGUUCUUUUGGACGAUUCAUUUUUGGUCAUUUCCUGUGUAUUAUGCAUGACUAUUAUUUAAAAAAAGACAAAACAUUUGUCAGUUAUUGUCUCUGGUUCUAUGUCUCAGUUACACUCUGGUGAGCACUGUAGGACUUCAAAUAUUAGCUUUAAUCAUAUCUCAGUCAGACAUCAGUUGAGCUGUAAAGGAUGGAAUAGAUAGCUUUACUAUGAGAUGUGUACGCUCUGUUGAUUUGAGACUUCCCAUUAAUACAGAAGAGUUUCCUAACAUGCACGGAGGAAAAGAAACUCUCAGCCUUAAAUAUCAGAUAUGUUCCCAAAGACAUCCCAGAUUAAUUGUCUUGCCAAAAAUACAUACUUUAUUUUGAGCUAUUCCUUUUUACAGAUAUUUAUCUUGUCAAUGCUCCAUUACUAGAUUCUGAGACUAUUUCUAAACUAUGUUUGCCUUCUGUAGUUACUGUAUGUUCUGUAAUUGAUCACAACAUGAUGCCACUGAUGCUGUUCUUAAUUAAGUUGUAGUUUGUUGUUGUUGUUGUUGCAGUUUUAACAAAGUUCAAACCAUUAUUUAAACAGCAACGCAACAACACAUCAAUCAAUGCCCAGAAAUAUACAUUUAAAGUAUGUUGUACAUGGUGCAUAAAACAACUGAUAACUGAUUUUUUUUAAAGCAUUUAUCAAUUGUUGCAGUAUUUAUAAGAAUGUAUUGGUUUUUUUUGUUUUCAGAACAAUGUGCUCUUGACUUAUUUUGUUGUUAACCUCAUUUUUGUGUAUACAUUUAGCAAAACGUGGACUGCACAUGGCAAUGCAAUGUUAGCGUUACAAAUCGAGUAAACAUGUCAAAAAAAUAAACAAUAAGUCUGUUUGA